UUGUCAGGUUUGUUGAUUUUGCGUGGACAAGAAAUUUUGGUUAGGAGUUGGGUUGGAGUGGUAAUGGCAAUGUAGCCAAUAAAUUCCAGGAAUUUUGUGUGUGUUGUCCUGUAAAAAAUGUUUGUUGUCAAUGUCCACGAGCAGAAAUGCUAGCGUGAAUCAUUCUAAUUCGUAAUGUGAUUCUUAAAAGUAGAGAUCCUGUUCCUUGUUUACAAAUCUGUACUUGAAAGUAAUUUUGUUUUUAUGUUGCAUUAGAGUUGGCUGUUCUUUCAGUGAAGUUAUCUUGUUUAUGUUUUCAAGGUAAACAAAAAUUGUAUAAAGAGUCAAAUUUUGUUGUUAGCUAAGCUGACAUGUACAGAUGUUCUAAUGGAAUGAGUAGGUUAUGUUUUUAAAGCACUUCAUUUAAGCAGCUUUUGUAUUAUGCUAUCACCCUUCAGCUUUUUAUUUUCCUCAAUAACGCAGGCACAUUUGCUGUCUUUAAGUUGCAUGUAUAAUUAAAAGAAAAUUUUAUUUAAUUGUAAACUACAGUAUGGGAUCUAGAGUAUAUGACAUAAAGAAGAAAUUUGAGGGAUUGUGUGAAGCUUCCAGAGGACAAAACUUAACUGAAAGUACUAUUUCUGUUAAAUUAAAUCAUCCCUUGAAUUCAGGUUUUCCUAAGAAACCUGCUGAACAUUCUACCAGUUCUUCAUCUGUAGGCACUAGGGGAAUUAUUAAACGAUCACAUGCAUUUAGAUCAGAGAAGGGUAGUAGAGCCAUAUCUAGUAGUGAGAGCGGAGGAUCACUAUGUGAUUCAAAAUUUCAAACUUCUGUGAACGAACAGUGCCUUUUAAAGACAGACUGUAAUAUUAAUCUAAACAAAGUGCCUUCUCAACAUCAGACUGUUAAAGAUAGGACAUUGUCAAUUGAGAAUAAAUUAAGUGUAAAUACAACGGUAACAAAUAUUAAAAAAGACGCUAUCAACACCCCUGGUCAAGGAAGGAAUAUUUGUUUAUCAUCUGAGUAUGCUGUUGUUACAAAACGAAGUGGUUGUGAUACAAAAAGGGGAGCUAUUUUAAAUCCGAGACCUGAUUCCCUGCAACUAAACAAUACCACAAACCAUGUCCAGAAAAACCAACAUAGCACAGAAAAUUGUAAUAAAAUUGUAGCCAAAAAUAUUGACCUAAGAUCAAUUACUAGUAAUAAUUCUGGUAAACUGAAACAUAAUUCCAGUACUUCACCUAUUAAAACACCACUAAAAAGUGGUACAAAAUGUUUAGAAGACUGUACAUUGUCUAAUACUUUAAAGAAAGUCCUUAAGUCACCUUUACCCUCAGGGCCCCCUCCUAAAAAACCACCACGGACAUUUGCUCAUAUUACUGAUAGUGUAAACAACAUUGGUAAUCCAUUGCGUUCUGGGGCUCAGAAAAAUAUUGGUGUAUCGAGUGAUGAUAUUAAUUUAGAAAGUGAAAGAAUAGAAAAUGAUAAACAAUUAAUAAAACCAAUAAGAUCAAAAACAGAAUCUCAGAUAAUGCUUAAAAAACUUGAAAUUGCCUUAUUAAACCAUCAGCAACAAGGAAAAAUCCUAGAGCCUAAAAUAGGUAAAAAACAGCAGCUUAUCAGAAAUAAGCUUUAUGUUGAUAACGAAUCAAAGACUGAAAACCUGUCAUGUAGUCCUGAUGAAAGAGUAGCUAUUCGUAAAAGUUCACUUCCAGAUACACCCUCUGCUGAUAAAUAUUCUUCUAGUGGGUGUUUUGGUGUUCUUUCCUGUUCUAAUUCAAUGGAUCUAAUGAAAUCUUCACACAUAUAUGACAUUCCGUUUGAACCAAAGUCACACUUUUACAUAGAAGAUGAAGCCAAACCAUUGUUGAAUAGUUUCAUUUCAAAAGAGAACAGUAGGCCUUCUUCUGAAGUGCACACAUUUCAUUUUCGUAAUAGGCCUCUUAAACAUAACAGUGUUGAAGAACCUGUAUAUGCAAAACCUCAAAUAAAAGCAAAAAAUCAUAAAGCCAAGGAGAAUUCUGAAGUCCUCUCUGUGUCUCAGGUUGUAAAAAGUAUAAAUCUGAAUGAGAAAUUAAACAAUCAUUGUUUGAAUAGUAACGGUACUGGAAAUGUCUUGAAAAAACCAAUCAUCCCUGAUCUUCAUUAUAUGUCCUCUCCAAUUUUGGAAAAAGUGCCUUUGUUACAAAGCCCAGCACCUGAGAAAAAUUCUGCGCAGAGAAAAUUGUUUGAAAGCAGUGCAACUAAGACAUUCCCUGGGAGAAGUGCCAGUCUUGACAUUGAGGGCUUCCAGCCACAAUGUGUACCUGGUCGAAGUUUCAGUGUCGAUCUCUCCCGUGCUGGCGACAAGGACUUCCAUAUCGACAAUGAGAAGAUACAAAUGAUGGUGAAUGAAGUGUACAGCAAAUGUCUAGCUAUGCCCCAGGACAGUGACUCAGAGUCUGUGGCAUCUACACCUGAAGAUGGGACAGCUAGACCACUGCACACAUCACCAGAAGAGGCCCAGAAAGAGAGGCAGCAAAGAACGGCAGAACGUAAGACAUACCUAAAGAGGGUCUGCAGCCGUGCUAAGUCCUUCCAUCGACCUUCUGUUAGUUUCCCUCGAUUGUUUGAAUACCUGUUACUCAUAGGUCUUGAUCUCAACCCAGCUCGAUGUAAAGUGCCGUACAUCAAAGACAAAUAUCCUGAGGACGCAGAAGUACCUCGGGGAAUAGAGCAGCUGUGUUUUCCUGAUGCCAGCGACUGGCCGCCACAAGCUUGUUCGGAUGAGAGUGGAGCCAGUAGCUACUGUAUUGUGAUCACCCACUCAAGCGGUACCCGCAAGUAUGGCUACUGUCGCAGGGUACAGCCCGAGGGAGCACCCAUCUGCUUGCCUCUAGCCUAUUGCAUCGUAACCCCCUACAAGGCCAACCACUAUUUCGGGCAGGUGUUGGCUGAGCUGGAGUCAAGACAUGGACAGCCAGAGCUGGUGUUGUCCAAAUUUAUCCAACAACUCUACGAGUGCCCCUUCCCUGCCCCAGGACAGAGCCUCACAAUCAUCAAUCCUUCCACAAAUGAGAAGAUGGAAAUUCUACAGAGGAGACAGGAUCCCAGGCAAGAGGAGACUGAUAUCGCCAAGUUACUAAACCUUGUCCGGUUUUCUGUUUUCCUGCAGCUGUUUGUCACUCUCCUGCUGGAGAGGAAAGUUAUCCUACUCAGCUACUCUAUCAGCAAGCUGUCGUCAUGUAUUGAGGGCCUGUGUGCUUCUCUUUAUCCCUUUCACUGGCAACACACAUUGGUGCCCAUAGUACCCUGUACUAUGUUGGACUUGUGUCAGGCACCAACACCAUAUGUUAUCGGUCUACUCAAGCCUCGGGACGCCAACUCUCAGUUCCCCAUCGACUACACGAACAUUGACCAGGUUCUGGUGGUGGAUGUGGACGAGAGUAGAGUGGUGCAGUGUUGUGGGGACGAGAGCACUGUACUGCCACCUAGGCUGUGUAGAGGGCUGCGGGAGGCUCUACACUGUGCUGUGCCAGACAAGAACGCUCCACUGUCUCCUGCACACAAUCUGGUAGCAUCAGAGGCUCUGAUAGCUUUGUUUGUACAACUGGUUGGUCAUUACCGGGACCACAUCAUCACCUCCUCAACCACCGGCCAACGGGAGUUUCAGAGAGACAGUUUUGUAAAGAGUAUCACAUCCAACACAGCACAGAGUUUCCUAGAUUGGUUCUCUGAGACAACCAUGUUUACAGCAUUCAUCGAGUCUAGGUUAGAUCGUUCAUUAGAGCCUUGGGGAUUAUUUGAGCAGAGGUGUGUGGAGCACUUGGCUCAGCAGCAUGCUCCACUCUCUCGUAGCUAUCGGGCAAACAUCAACAAAACUGUCAAGAGUUUUGGUGAUCGCUUCAAAGAAUGGACCAACUCAUAGAUACUUACGUAGAAAGAGCCUGAUUCUAGUCACGUACAUAGAGUACAUUCCACUGAGUACAGUAGAGUACAUCUGCCCACCUCACACCAACUACUGUACAGUGUAGUAUAGCUUUUAUGUUUUAAACGUCUGUGUGACUAGCUUUUAUUUUAUUCCUUAUACUAAUACCGGUUACUAUUUAUUUUUUAGUAUGAAAUAUAUUUUUUAUGCAAUGAUAAUUCAUGGACCAAAUUUAGGAGAUACCAUUCAUACCCUGAAUGGUUCCUGACACUCUAAUAAGUAAUGAGCUACUCAAAUAAAAUAAAAAUUUAAGAAAAAUAAAAUUGUAAAAAUUUCCAUUUUUAAUUUAUAGCUUUUAGGAAUUUAUUUUUUCUUUAAUUUCAAUUUUAUUUGAAUACCUUAUUACUUAGUUUAUCAAAGUCUCAGGAAUAAUUCAGGGUAUGAAUAGUACCUCUAAAAAUAGCCCAAUUAUUUUAAGAUUAGCUCUAUUAAGAACUUUAACUCAUUGCGGUUCGAGUUAUUUGUAGCACACAUCUUAGCAGACACAAAAUGAUAUUCUUAAUGGCACAACAGUUGAACAGUACCAGUAACCAUACUUCCUAGCAUCACCACUUAACACAUUCACUGCAGAGAAAAAAAUAGUUACACUUUUAGUGCUACUAAAAAUUAAUGUAGUUAAAUAACUUUCCAUAUACUUCUUGAUAUGUUGAAGAGAAUAACCUGUUUCUGUAUAUCUACAUCACAUCAUACAUCAUUCCAGUGCUUUAGGUUUCUUGCUGAUGACGUCAUAUAAGAUAAGUCAAUUUCGGCCUGGUAGCAUCUACCAAUGAUUUGGCAGUUGAUUUCUGCAAUCCAUAUUAGUACAAAGUCACAAUAGCUUUUUUGUUCUCACACAAUUAUAAUAAUAAAUAAUGGUACAAGAUAAACACAACAAGAAUGCUGCAGAAUCUGUCACAAAAAACCUGUGAAAUAUUAAACCCUAUGAAAAUGAAAAAUUGUAACCAAACUGCAUGCCAAAUAACCUUUAUCAAGAAAAUUCAGAUUUUGUCCUUUUAUAUUGUAUUUAUUUACAGUCAAAACUAUACUCCACUAGGAAGUAUAAACGGUAAUGAUAAGUGCACACUACAUGCUGAUGACAAAUCACCUUUCCUUGCCAAGUACUGCGCUCACACCAAUAGUAAAGUAGGUCAAUCGCAUUUGCUCAGAAUUCUGUAUGCCGCCUGAGGCGGUCGAAAUCAACCAUAUUGAAAUGAAUAUCAAAACAUACUUUUUAUUGUUAUUGAAAUGAAAAAACAAAUAAUGUUAGUCACAUUUUGCAGCUUAGCUGUGAGAUUAUAGUAGGUUAAAUCCAUUACAGCAUGUUGCAGUUCACUGCAGCGUUUUAUAAAGAUGUUAAAACUAAAAUAAUAGCAAAAACGCAAAAACACAUAUUCUCACAUGAGAUUUUGUUGUAACUUGGACAGCAUUAUAAAUUCAGCUUAGUUUUUUUAACUUAAAAGUACUGCUGCAAGUUGUUGGACAUUUAUGAAGAGGUUUUAAAAUGUAAAAAUAGAUGUACGAUUUUUGUAAUAUACUCAUUUGUCUAAUAAAUACACUCAAGAAGUAUACCAGAUAUUAUUAGAACUAUUUUUAAGCAAGAUUAAAAACAGUAUGAAUUGAUGAGCUAAACUCACCGUAUACAUAAGGCCCGACCACCAUAUGACAACAUAACAAUGAUCCGCAGUGAGUUAAACCUCCAGUUACUCGUUCAUAGCUUCAUCAUGGUCAUGUCUUUUAUCUUAAACAACGUAUGUAAUUUAUUUUAGCAGAAAAGUAAAAUUUGGUAACAUAAUUUAGUAUUUAAUCAUUUUAUCAAUUAAAUACGCCUUUGGAUUUAUAAAUAAGCAGGGUACACACCUCAUUUAUCUGUUUGUUUCUUUUUAUAAAAAUAUUUAAAAGGUGAAUAUAUUGUCUAUUGUCAUGAAUUCACUUGAAUUUAUAAACAAUACCAUAUUCAUCCUGAAGUUCCUUAGUUUUAUUACAGUUUGUUUUACAAAUUUAAUAAGUUGUAGUAUUUUAUUCAAUGUUUUUAUUAAGAUGAAUAGUUUUUUUUUAGUUAAAUUACAUGUUUGUUAUGAGAACUUCCAUUAUAAUUGAUACUCAGUUUCUUUAUACUUAUUUGUUCUUAUACAUAAAUUAAUAUCUUGGUUAACACCUUUAAAAUUAUUGCUUACCAGAACUGUGAACCACAAACUCGACCAUAAACUAAUCUCUGGACUUUACACUAGCAAACUAAAAACUUAAAAUCUCUAAUUACCUACUUUACUCCAUGUUACUUCUGUACCAAAGCCUGAUGCGAUACAUUUAUGUGUAAGUAGGCUGAUACCCCAUUGAGAACAUAAUCUUUUUCGCUCUGAGAUCAUAUAUUUCAUUUCACAAUCUGACCUGUUUUUCAACAGUUAGUAGUAUUAUAGCUUUUGUAUUCUUUCUUGAAGAUCAAAUUCAGUUUGACCAUCCACAAACAGUAUCCAAAUAUAUUUGGAAAUAUGUUCUACAAAAUAAUUACUAUGUUUCAUUUUAUUGGAUGUAGUUAUUUUAAUAAUCAUUACUUACUUAAUGCAUUUAUAUGAGUAAUUUUACAUUCUAUUUGUGUAUUGUGUCAUGACAAAUAAUACUUAUGUAACACUUCAAAGCAUUCUUAAGCAAUAACUUACCGUUAGGGGUUUUACCCUAAAGUUGUGUACAGGAUAUUAUCAUAACAUUUUCAACACUUUGAGCAAUGGUAGCUGAACAAGAAGCCACUUGUCAAAUUCUGGUCGUUGUAAAUAGUUUUUAUUUAUAAGCACCUUAAUAAAUUAAAUAUUUAUUCAUUUGUAACAUUCCUUAAUGAAAACUGUACUCUUAUUGUGUACAAGCUUUUUAUCAAAUUGAUUUCAUAAUUUUGUGUAGAGGUCUGUGAUAAUUUUGACAAAAUAUUUUUUUCAAAAUUGCCAGAGAAAAUGCACAUAAUGUAAGGAGUGUAUAAGUGAUACGUGCCUCCAUGAUACAAAAUAUUCUGCUUCACGUAGAGAGGUAUUAGUAGCUAGCCUACACAAAAGUGCAUGUUAUUUUAAUCAAUUUGAAUUUAUUGGUAAAAUUAAAACUCUUCCAUUAAAUUAAUUGACAAUUAGGUAUCACUCCAUCAUAACACACAUGGCACAACAGUAAACCGCAACAUCAAAUUAUACCCCGCUGCUGUGUUGUGCCAUGUUUAUAUAGGCCUACAAACUUUUAAUGCCUCUUUGUGAAACGAGUAUUUAUUUGUUGUGUUAUACGAUUUUAACUACAAAAACGAACUCAUUUUGGGAUUUAAUUUUAUGCCCUGGAUUGAAUAUCAAAAACAUGAAACUUUUGACAACGCCUCAUGGUUGUUUUUGGAUUUGACGUAGGUAAGAAUUUCUAAAUAAUUGUGUAUUUUAAUCACAUGUUAUCGUAGAAAUUACAAUCUUAGAAAAUAAAAUGAAAAAUGGCUUUAUUGAAGCUUAAUGUAGGACCAAGUCUUAUCUACAACUAAUCCAAAAAUGAUUCUGUUCUUGGAAAGAGUUCCAUCCAAUAUACUUGCUCGAAUUGUUAAAAAAAAGUAAUGUGCUACAUAAUAAAUAUACAUAAUGUAUAUUAAUAACUUUCUGAUAUACAUCCACUAACAUGAAAUGCAUGUUAGUUUUUGUCAAACUUCCUUUAACAUUCAAAUUGGGCUGUGUUUAAGAUGUGGUAAUUAUUUACUAAUAAAUGUAACAUGAGUUUUAUGUAAUGUUGUACUGUUGUUUUUCUAAUGUAACGUUGCUUAAAUGUUAACAUGUAAAUAAUAUAAAUACAGAGAUUCUGUAUUACAUUCAUUAAAUAAGUUUGUAAGGGUCUGAUUUGGAAAUGGUAUAUAAUACUGUGAUAAAAGAUUGGUAUUACAAAGUGUAAACUAAUUUUAAAUAAACCAAAUUUAGAAGUACAAAUAUUAUUUGAUAUUGUUAAUUUUAUUAAACUAUGAUUCAGAAACUUGAAUAUGUUUAUAUAAUUUUCUAUAUUUACAUGUAAAUUAGUAAACAAUUACUGUUUCAUUUGCAAAAAAUGUACUAUUAUCAAAUAAUAUGUAUUAAUUUGGUUGAAACUGUAGUGCCAAUUUAGUCUUGUUUUUAAUUACAUGUAAUUCUUGUGUAUAAUGUUAAGCUUUUGAUGUUUUACUUGUGUUAAGUUUCAUGUAAUAUUGAAAUAUGUUUUGUUAUUGUAAGUUUUAAUUAGGCACAAUUAUUUAUUAUUCUAUAGUGUUAAACUGUAUCUUACUGAAGUGAAGCUUCCUGAAAUCACGCACACUUGAAAAUAAUAUAUUUUUUAUGUAUUCCAAGCAGCUGUUAAACAAACAUAAACUCUCAUGAUUUUUUAAUCUAAUUUGUGCUAUUAAAAAAAUAAGUUCAAUUGACAUAAUUUUUUGGACUAAGUAUUUGUUAAAUAGCCUCCUGUAGGAUAUAUUCAAGCAUCCAUAAAACAUCUCAAUUUCUUUUGGUUAUUAUUUAACAUUAUCCCUUUGAUUACAUUGAUAAAUAAUACUCUUUCUGGAAAGGAAAAAUGCAAUUCACAUUUGAUUGAAUGCUGCUCAUGCUAGCAAAUUUUUUAUUCACAAAUUUAAUUACUCCUGAGUUAAAUUGGCCUAAUUAAAAAGGGAAUUGUUUUAGUAUGGAUGGUUAGGCAUAUUUCUUUUAACAAAUAUUAUCCCAAUUUUUGGAAUACGCUACUGUUUUGCCAUAAUUCUUGUGAAAACAAUUUUCUUAUUUCUAAAACAUUAUUUAGAUUCAGAGGAGUUAACAUACUACUUAAGCAUUCAUCUAAUUUGUUGUGUAAAGGUCUAAACAAUAAGAGAAAAACAUUAAUUAUUGUGUUCAUUUAUGUCAAUGCAAUUCAUUAUGUUGAUCAUAAAAACUACAGAUUUUAUGGAAUAAUGGUAUUUAAAAUUUCCUUUUAAUUUGAUUGAAUUUUGUUUAUGUCACAAGUUUACAUAGAAAAUAGUUAAAGAUCUGUUCUUGGAGCUGCAAUACUUAUUUUAUAUGUAACAAUAAAAUGGUAUUUACCUUGUAAACAAUCGCAGUAGUAAAGUUUAAUUGAAUAUGGAUUUACACAACAUAUGCAAUGCAAUGUGCAUAUGUUAAUACAGAUUAUAAAAAUUGUUUUAAAUAAUAUAUUUUACUACAGCUCAAAUUUAAAACUUUGAUCAAUAUUUUAAGAUUUAUGAAACGAUUUCAUACUUCUUUCAUAUUGGAGAAAUAUUACUUUGGCAAACACUAUGUGAUUUAAAAUAUUCAUAUUUUCUUUGUAAAAAUUAUUUUUGGCAGUCAAAUGAUGUUUAAAAUGGAAGCCUAAUAUAGGGUUGAGAACAUUGAUAAACUUCAAAUUAUUUUAAUCACUUUUUGUUUUAGAAUGAUAGGAAAUGCCUCAGUUUAAAGAUAUUAACCCUUAAACUGGCAAUCAACAUUAUAAUGCUGAUCUAAAUAAUUUUAAAAGUAGAAACUGACAUUAUAUUUUCAAUCUGAUACACAUGUGUUUUGACAGUUCAAAUAGUACAUAAACCAACACUACUACCACUAUUUAUAUACCAAUUCAAACAGACAGAGUUGCUAAUUUCAAUGGUGAAAUUUGUUUUCUUGUUUUGGCAACAGUGAUGUCACAGUGACGUUAUAAUCUUUUGAAAAUUAGUGUUUAUAUCAUAGGUAUGCUUUAUAGCUUGUUAUAGCUUUGUUCAAAUCUAUACUAUGCUAAAUUUUUGAAUAUUUUGAAAAUAUUUAGUGUAAAAAUAAUGUUUUUGUAAUUUUUUUAAAUAAUCAUAUUAUAGUAACAAAUUUACGUACUUUUACAAUAUGAUUAAAGUAUGGGUACAAAACACUCAAAAAUGGCCUCCCAUGUGAGGAAAAAUGACAGCCAGUUCGAGGGUUAAUAUUAAGAUGAGAAAAUUAAAGCAAGUUCAAGAAUUUUUCUGGAUAGCAAAUAUUAACAUAAAAAUUAUGAAGCAAUUGGAUGUAUAUUAAUCACAUCUUUUUAAUAGACAUCAUUCAAAAUGUUAUGAUUAUUAAUGUGUCAAAGUGUAUUAUGUUUAAUAAUCUUUUACAUUUUUAAACCAAGAUGGCCACUAGUAGAACUGACAACUGAUUUUUUUGUUUUAUUUCCUUUUUAUAUAAAAAGUAAUUAAAAAUCUAAAUUUACAAGUAAAUUUAGUAAAAAUAUAUCAAUUCCUUUAUUAGAACGUCCCAUAAUAAGUGUUACAUGUCUAUAAGAAUUCAUACAUUCUUGGCAUCUAUGAGGGAUUUCAAAUUUAAUUAUUCUGCCAUUUAUAAGUAGUUGUGAUAUUUGAAAUUUAUUUAGAAAAUAUUAGUUUUGUAAAAUGUUCUAUAUUACAUACAGUGUACAAUUUCUAAUUAUUGAAAAUUAAAAUAUAGAUGAGAUAUAGAUUUUCAUUAAAAUUCAUAUUUUACACCUCUAAAAUGGGUUUGUGUGUUCUUUUAAGUGUGUAAUUCUUUUUCAUUCAAAAUUAUUUUUGUUUUACAAAAUGCAUAUCUCAGAGUUCUAAGUCUUGUACAAUUAUAACUUAAUUUUUAUAAAACGAUUUGGGAUUAAUUAUUCUUCAAAUCAUUAAAUAUAUUAGAAGAUUUAAAUAGUAAUUACGCAUAUAUUGAUUAGCUUACCACCUGGGGAGUUUAGUGCCUUAAUAUUUUAUUGUAGUACUUGUCUAUUACUGUUAUUCUGUUUCUCUAUUAAUUCCAUAAACAUAAGUUAAUCAACAUUAUUUUAUUUACUGAAUUUUAAAAGGCUGAAAGCAACUACUAUGAUAAGCUUAUUUCAUAAACUUAUUGUUUGUUUCAUCUCUUUUUAUUUUCUGUACUUUUGUGAUUAAAAUGUUUUGUAAAACUUUA